AAACGAUUUGCUGUAAUUGAAUGCUAAAGGAAAUGUCAUAGGUAAUUAGUUCCCUGUAACUGUCGAGGACACUUCAGGAAAAAUCUUAAAAAGUAAACACUAAUGGCGGCAGGUGCAACAGGUGCUCGAAUAGUAUUUUUCGGUUCACAUAAACAACCGAGUUAUGUUGUUGAAACAUGCACAAUUCCUAGCAAAGACUUACUUAAAGAUGGAGAGAUUUUAAUUAAAAUAUUAAUUUCUACGAUAUGUUCGUCAGACAUCGUAAGCAUAGACGGAAAACGAGAACUAAAACCGCCGUGUGUGUUAGGACAUGAAGGAGUCGGUGAAGUGGUUUACACAAAACGAUUCAGUAAUGGUCUGCCUGCUGUGUCUGCUGGAGACAGAGUUGUCUUUACUAUGUACGACAAUUGUGAAGCCUGUGUCAUGUGCAAAUCAGAAAUGCAGGAAUGUUGCUUAUCCAAAAAUAGGUAUGGCUCUUGUGGUUUAAGUGCUGGCACUGGUUUAAAUGGAUGCUUUGCAACUCAUAUGGUAUUAAAGAAAGGAACUGAAGUUGUUAGUGUUCCUGUAAAUGUUUCAGACAUUGUUGCUAGUCCUGCAAAUUGUGCCCUUUCUACUAUGGUCCAUGCUGUUAACUUUGCAACUUCCAAUUCAAAACUAAAGCAAUCAGUUGCCAUCAUCCAGGGUGCUAAUUUAAUGGGUCUUUAUGGAUGUGCUUUGUUACAUGAAGCAGGUUUUGUGAAAGUAUUUUGCCAUGAUAUUUCUCGAGAGAGAUUGAGACUUGUUCCAAGAUUUGGUGGUAUACCUGUUUUAGUAGAAAAAGAAUAUGACAAUAGUCAUAGUCAAAUUGAAGAGGGCAAGGCUGAUGUUGUUAUUGAUGUCAGUGGAAAAUGGGAUGUUAUACCUUAUGCAUUACAUGCCCUUUGUCAUCGAGGCAUUUAUAUAUUUGUUGGCACAACAUAUGAAGAAAAUAAAUCAAUCAAUAUUGAUACAAUUCUUAAUAAAUGCAUUACUAUACGAGGUAUUCAGGGUUAUAAAAGUAUUCAUUUAAAAAAUGCUGUAGAUUUCUUGUCAAAAACUGCUCACAAAUACCCUUAUGAGUCUCUUAUCAGCUCACCAUUUCCUUUGCAAGACUUUCAUUCUGCAGUAGUCUUGGCACGUACGAAAAGGUAUUAUCGAACAGCUGUCAAGCCAUCACAUUUGCUUUCUGAAUAGAUAUGUAUUUUAUAUGAUGUCUUUUUAAAAAAAAUAAGUGUAAGCUGGUCUUGCGCAUAAGAAUAUAAAGAGUAUUUUUGAUUUCAUUAUAUUUUUCUAGAAAUAUAUUAACAUAAUGAAUAUUAUCCAAAUAAUGGAAGAAUUAUUUAUAUAAAUUUUAUAUUUUGAAAUUUAUGCAGAUUUAGAAAUAUUGUUGUUUUACCAAUUUAUAACAAUUGUAUUGAUAUUGAUUUUACAAUGGAUUUUGAUGUUUUCUUUAAAGAAAGGACCAAUAUUAUCAUAAAAUCAAUUUUAAUUUAUUCUUUUUGAGAAGCCAAUACUAUCUUAAAAAUAAAAUGGGCAUGUACAAUUUAAAAUGUUAUCAGUAAGUUUAAUAGGUGUUAUAUAUAUAUAUGCAGAAGAAAUAAAAUUAAAAACAUUAUAAGUUAUGAUUAACAAAAGAAUAAUUUAUUCUCUAAAAAAUUUCUGUUAAAGAUGCAUUUAUUGCACAAUUAUAAUGUUGUAAUAAUACAAUUUAAAAUUUUGGAAAAAAAAAAAGGCAUGAUUUUUUUUAGGCAUAUAAUUUAUGUCUGUAGUAUAUCUAAAUAAAAAUUCUAUCCUCAAUUUUAUGUAUUCCAAUUGUGUAUUCUAAUUUUAUGCAUUUAUGAUGUUCACGUUUUAGGUUUGGGCUUUGUUAGGCUCAGUUUCUCAUUUUGAUCUGUGAUGUUUGAAGAGAAUUUGUACUUAUAUUUAAGAAGUGUGCAAUACAUGUUAAAAUUACUCAAUUGUUUAUUGCCAAUGUCAUUUAAGGCAUGUAAACUAGCCUAAGGAGUUGUGAUAUUAUUUAUCCAAAAUUUUUUGAAAUACAAAUUUCUUGAUAUGUUGUGAUUUGUAUUUAAAAAAAUUAGCAUUUAUUUAGAGUGAAAUUGCAAAGCAUUUAUUUAUUUAUUUUUUUUUAUGAAAAUAAAUGUUUAGUAUCAAUGAAUGAAU